UGAUUCUAUGUCUGGCAGCCAAGGAGGGACUGGACCCUCAGUUUAUUUCCUGGAAUGGAAGAAUGAACGCCAUGACGGUUGUGGUUGUGGCGUUUCUCGCGCUGGUUGGAUUUUUUGUAUGGAAGCUGCAACAAAUAUUUACUUUCUGGAGUGACAAAGGCGUCCCAUACCUAACACUGUGGCAGUACUUGCGCGUCGUCUACGACAUGUACACAAAGCCGCUGCACGAGGUCAUACGUAAGAACUACGAACGCUAUGGACGGCUUUAUGGAUCGUAUCAAGGCAUUGUGCCCACCUUGGUUGUCGGAGACCCUGAUAUUCUCGCAGACGUUUUUGUGAAGAACUUCAAGUCGUUUUCCGACAGGACGGAGGCACAAACGAUUGGAACUGAUAUCUGGAAGAAAUCAAUCCUCAACCUUUCUGGAGAAGAAUGGAAACACGCCAGAGGUAUUCUUUCCCCCGCAUUUACAGCAAAUCAACUCAGGAAGGCCGUUGUGAAAAUUCACAAGAUAUCAGAGAGAAUGACGACCCGCCUGGCUGAAUAUGCGAAGGAUAAAAAACCAGUUGCAAUAAACGAGGUAUUCGGAGACUGGGCCGUGGACACGAUGGCUGCCUUGGUGUACAGUAUUGACCUGGACAGUCGCAACGAGCCGAGCCAUCCAAUGAUGAUAUGUUUCGAAAAGCUGUUCUCUAGGAUCAAGAGUUGGCAGAUGAUGAUGAUGUUCACUAUGCCAAGAAUCUACAAGCUUUGUCAGCCACAGUUUUUGACAAAAGAAAAUACUGAGCCGCUCAAACAUUUUGUGUCCCACAUCAUACAGGAAAGGCAAAAGAGAGACAACAAAGACGACGACAUUCUGCAGUUAUUUAUCGAUGCCGGAUGUGAAAAUGGCCCUGGCGACAAGAACGUACAUGCAAACGAUGACUACUCUUGUGGAAAGCCCAUGACGCUAGAUGACAUCACGGCCCAGGCAAUGCUCUUUUUUGGUGCCGGUACGGACACAGUAUCGUCCGCCAUGACGCUUUCGGCAUACCUCCUGGCCCUGAACCCAGAAUGCCAGGAGAGGGUACUGAAAGAAGUCGAUGAUGCGGUUCAAAAGGACGGAAUAACGUACGAUACGCUGCAGGCUAUGACUUACCUCGAAGCUUCCAUCAAGGAGGCCAUGCGCAUGUACACUGCUGAUUCGUUUAUCAUGAGACUGUGCACCGAAGAAACUACGGUCGCUGGAGUUCCCUUCAAGCCUGGGAUGAAUAUCGACGUCCCCUUUGUGGGAAUUCAUUACGACCCGGAAUUUUUCCCUGAUCCCGAGACGUUUAAGCCUGAAAGGUUCCUACCCCAGAACAAGGACAACAUCAGACCAUUCACUAAUCUCGCCUUCGGUGCCGGCCCCCGAAAUUGCGUGGGAAUGCGUCUGGCCAUGGUGCAGGCGAAGGUGGCUUUGGCUUCCAUGCUGCGUCACUUCAAGUUUCACGCGUGCCCGGAGACAAUGGUCCCCGUGAGGUUUAAACCAAGACACAUGAUUCCAGAAACAGAUGGUCCCUUGAUGUUGCGACUUGUUAGGCGCAAUGAGAGUGAAUAGCCGCCUGCCAAGCAUAGUACCACCACUGGAGUUGGCCUAUACCUCGUUGGACCAAUCACAAAAAAAAAGGCCCAUCGACUUGCACUUCUGACGCUGCUUGAUGGGUCCCAUCAGUUCAUAGUGUCGGCUGCGUCGGGACUCGCAAUGGGGCCCUAUUCUUUGGGUUGUACAAUAAAGGAGAUCAGUGAUGACCGAUCUUUGUCAGACCCAGCUUACACACCAAAGAAAAAUAAGUUAUUUCGUAAUUUCUCCGAACGUCAAGCUAAUUUCUCCCUAAGAACAGUCCUUUGUCGGGAGACAUUGGAGUGAAUGUCGCGGUGAAGAAUGCAAAAGCAGGGGCUCAAACGAAAAUGAAUACAGUUGCAGAAAUGUAAUCACCUAGAAAUAAAUCUUGUUCUAGUUUU